AGCUUCUCGGAAGUGUUGUUCAUCUCGUCGAGGCCAUCUAUGAGGAAGAGCACCUUACAGCGCUUCAGAUAUUUCACGAGGGGUUCCCAAAAAACCGAGAAACUGGGCGGGAGGACCGGGCCCAAGAAUAUCUCAAGAUCCUCAGUAUCUGUGUCCUGCAACAGUAUUCUGAACACUGAUGUACUCCUCGGUGUGUGAUAGAAAAGCACACUUACCUGUUCUACUCUGACACCCUGAAAGUAAGCAGCACAGUCUUGCCACCUUCUGCCAAUGCCACUCAGCACAGCAAGGCAUAGUCCAUGGUCCUAGAAAGGCUGUGAGGGCUGACACUUGUCUGUCAGAACUUUUUAGAGUUCUUAGGAGUCUAUUUCAAGUGAUAUGAUGUGAUGUUGAAGCACAAGUUUUGAAAAAUAUCUAGAUUUGAACCCAUUUUUUGGAUCCACACAGGAAGAACAGUAGGUCAAAGCACUCAAAGUGUUUGUAAAGAUCUUUGAGGUGACUUCCUGCCAAUUUCUUUGAUAAAUCAAGUCUUUUUAAAAGUUCAUGUCUAAAAUAACUUUGUUAGUAAAGGCAUGCAACACAUCUUAUAUGCCCUCUCACAUUACCAAUGAUAGUUGUUGUCUCUGUCACAGACACUGAACCCAUCCUUGAAAGCCUCUUUUGAAGAGGCUCUCAAAGUCUGAAUUUUUUUCUCCAAGUGGUCUUUAUCUAUUUUCACCUGAGGUCAUUCAUGGACAUAGUGUUUCUUCUUUGAUCUUAUUGAGGAGCCCUUCCAUAACAGAUGUAUCACUCCAGUGUGCAUUAUUGAGUCCUACCACAUCUUUACAGGCCAGUAUUAUGCUCUUAUAGAGCACUGGUACAUCAAAGGUCUAGCAUGAGAGGUUGCCACCAACAUAUCUCUUCUCAUCAGAGUCAAAGGCUUUCCUUGUCCUCACUGGUAAGGUGGUGGUAGUUGGCCAUCAAGGAGUCUAGGAGGCUGGUCUGGUUAGGUGGUCCAGGACCUUGUUUGUGCCACAUUUUGGAGAUGAAGAGAGCACGGUUGCUCUAGAACCAAUCAACAAAGAAGCUUGAUAUGCAAAUAAUCCAGUCAUGGGUGGUUCUUCAUCAGGACUGCUCACAUUCACUUCUCUGCAAUGAAAUGGUUGGAACUGUGCAUUAUGAAAAAAAGGUUGCAGAAACAGCCUUGAUAAGAGAUACAUGCCCUGAAGAACUCCCAUAACCUUAACAAUGGAUAUCGCACUGGCUGUGGCUGAGGAGUCCAACUUAAAGGAGCUGCUGUGGGAGAGUGCUCUCAUUAAAAAAGUGAAGGAGCAUCCACAGCUUUAUGACUUCAACCACAAGGACUAUAAAGAGGCUCUAAGGAGCAACCAUACGUGGAUCUCUGUCGCUGAGCAGCUGGGAAUGCCUGGCCGCUGGAAGAUCUGCAAGGAAAAGUGGCGCGCUCUCCGAGAUACGUAUGUGAGGAAAAGAAAGGGUUUCCUGAUGGGAAAGGACAGAGCAUCCAAUGGAAGGACAGCUAAAGUGACAGUGACUAACGAUGAGUCAUCACCGCCACACAAAAAAGUAAAAGAAGCCGGGAUAAUCUUUGAAGAUGUCAGUAUCAAGAGAGAAGAGGAAGAAGAGGAGAGUGUGAGGGUAUCUAAAAGAGCUCGCCUCUCUAACAACCUCUCCACCAUGCAGGAAGGAAAUAUGAGGAAUUCUGCAUUGGAAAACUUUGAUGCAGAACUGUCGCACGAGACAGACCCUCUUUCCUUCACUGUAAGACGGGCAGACCAUAAAGGAAGAAUUUUAGUGGGGAGAUGAGGGAAUGGAUGAAGAGGACCAGAGUUUAAUAAAGAAAGAAACAGCAGCAACAUAUCCAACAGAAUCUCCAAUGCCACCAUCUCUAGCACUGGCAGAUAAUAAGAUAGAAAAGUGGGAAUGAUCAUGCCCAAACCCAUGAGUGCUGUACCCAUCAAGAUCAAGAGUGUCAAGCAACCAGAUGUAGGGCUCUCAAUUUUUGACGAAAUUUCUUCAGAUAAGGAAAUUCACUGCCAUGUGAGGAAAAGUUUAAGGGAAUUACUUUUCUGAGGAAAUUUAGUAUAGAAUUGGUGGAAAAUCUGUGGAAAUUAUACAUUUCUUUAAGGAAAUUUAAUACAUAAUUAUGUGUUGCUUAAAAACUUGAAUUAAUUUCAUCACAACUGCACAGUGAAAGUAAGACUAUGUUCAAAUGUUUUUAUUUAUUGUUGGAAGUUGCAGAGCCAUAGAUACAGCUCUGUUAAGGAGUUAUGGUGUGUGUGUGUGCGUGUGUGUAUUCACUGUUUGAUCUGCUGCAGUCUCUGACGAGACAGCCAGACGUUACCCUACGGAGCGAGCUCAGAGCUCAUUAUUUCCGAUCUUGGGAUAGGUCUG